UUAGAAAGUUUAUUUUCGUGUAGCCAACAAAUAAGAUAGUUAUUAUUCAUUCAAAUUUUCUGUAAGAAAUAACCAUCGUGUGUAUGAAAUAUAAAAACCAUCCUUGUGAGGAGGAUUUGUCAAUCUUAGUCCGUCGUGGUCAUAAGUCAUAAUCAUCAGUUGGCCAUCGUGGCAAGGAUAUCAAUAAUACUCUGCCCCUCCUAAUUCCUAUAUCCUAAUUUUUCAAGUAACCAUAGUACCAUUAGCAGUGAUUUUUUUUUAACUUUAGUGUUUUUUUGAACGUUUGUUUUAAAACGUUUUUGCUUGUAUAAUCUAUUAUUGAAUUAAUCAUGUGAAAUAUUGUACAUUGUUUUAUUUUCUGUAAGUUGUUACACAGACAUAUACACCAAAAAUGACAAUUUCUGUGAUACCUAAUCAAAAAAAAAAAAACAUUAAUUUAAGUCAAAAAUUAUAUUAAUAUGUUGAAUAAUGAAUGCUAAAGAACGUGCACGUAAUAGAUGGAAAUUAUUGGCAAAUACAGUCAGUAAAAAAUGUCAAGACCAGAUAUUUGCUUCACAAAUAAGCUAUGAUCUCUUUAAUAUCGAAUGCAUCAAUACUGAGUGGUCUAAAUAUUCUUCAUGUGUUCAAAACAAUAAUUUCUCAGCAAUUGUAUGUCGAUCUCCUAUAAUUGUUACGCCUGAGGAACUUAUGGGCUUUAACAAUACGGGGAAUGUCCGUAUAUGGCCAUCUGAAGAAGUAUUAGCUUACUAUGUACUAUCAAAUCUGGAUUCAUUCAGAGAUAAGACUGUACUUGAGCUGGGCGGUGGUAUGAGCUGUUUGGCUGGUAUAAUGGCUGCUCUGUAUGGUUUUUGUAGUGAUGUUCAUUUGACUGAUGGAAAUCCGAAUUCUGUAUACAACGUUGAGCGUAUACUUGAGAAAAAUGUGUUCACAACCAAAGUAACUUGUUCGGUGUUGAAAUGGGACCAAAGACCUGCAAACAUUUGUCAUUAUGAUGUCGUACUAGCCGCUGAUUGCCUGUUUUUUGAUGAAGCUCGUGACGAUUUGGUGCAUACUAUUGCAGCAUCAUUGUCAUUUGGUGGAGUUGCAUUGGUUGCAGCACCAAAACGAGGGACUACUUUGUACGAGUUCAUAAAAAUGGCACAGCAAGAGGGUUUGAUAUGCACCGUACAACAAAACUACAAUACUCUGGUAUGGGAACGUCAUUCUAAACAGGUUCUCUACAAUCCAUCAUAUGAUGCUGAUUCGCAUUAUCCCUUGUUGAUAAGUAUUACCAAAGCGACCAAAAUUAUUGAUUGCCAAUUUCAAUAAAAUAUUUAAGAAAAAAUUAUAUACAUCGGUUAAAAUUAAAAUAUUGGAUCUGACAAUCCAGAAUUUUCAGUAGAUAAAUACUUGACUAUAUCUACCAUAUUAAAAAAAUCACAAUAAUGAUCAACUUCUGGGAAUCAGUAUGUUUUAAAUGAUAUCUGCAAUGGCGGAUCCGCAGGAUUGCACAAUUAGAUCAAUCAUCUCUUUACUGUAGUGAAAAAAAAAGUUUUGAGUUUGACUGUUCCAUUUUAGUAAAACAAAGGUUACAUUUAGAAAUGUAUUCAAAAAAUUCUAAAACAAAAUAUAAUAAUAGGUAUUUUUUCUUUUAUCAUCAACAACCCUCAUACAUAAACAGUGUUUUAAUGAUUUAUAAGUGUUAUAGUUUCUGAUUUUUUUUGUUUGUUAAAUAACUAUAGAAUAUCCAUUAUUGUUUUUGGGAGUUGGAUCCAUCCAUGGACUUUUGUAUUUAUAAUUUAAUAGUUCCAUUUCAGUAUUUAUUUAUAGAUUUUGUUAUUAUUAUUAUUAUUUCUUAAUAUUAUUCCUUAAAACUAUUACCUACCUGGUAACCUAUACAAAAUGCAAUAUACCAUAUAAACAUUAAUUUCCAAAACAAAUGUUAUAGGCAUGGCAUGCCUCGAAUGUGAAUCAAACUGAACUUGGUUAUAUUUAAAAUAUUGUUAACAGUUUAAAAUUAUAUUAUUUUUUUGUUGAUGUGUAGUUCCAUUACUUUAAUUAAAUUUAAUAGGUUUUUAUCCUAAACAUGAAUGUUAAUAAUAAUUAUUUAAUAUCAAAUAGAGUUCCUAGAGCUUACUGACAAAUUUUUUUAAACAGGGUGUUGGUUUAUUCGAAUUUUUUAUUAAAACAUUUAAUUAUACUUAAUAUAUUUGUUACUCUCAAAGUUGCCAAUAAUUGAAAUUUAAUUUCAUACUUCAUUGUAAAUUGUUUUAAAGUAUUUAUCUCCAUUGUUCCUCUACUAUAGUUUUUUAAUUUAUACAAUGAUACCUAUUGAAUUAUCGUAUUUAUAUUGAAUAUUAUAUUGUUUUAUUGACUUGGUCUAGUCUUAUUUGCAUGUAAUAAAUAAUAACAACUAUGAUCAAAAAUAUUUAUCUAUAAUUAGUAGGUAAAUUAAAUGUACACAUAUUUCUUAUAUUAUAUUCAUUACUAUCUGUUUAUUUAUUGGCACUUAAUUACAAUUAAAAUAAUAUUUUUAGUUAUGACUAAAGCAAGGAAAGUUAUUUGGUGGGAUUAAUUUUGUUUAAAAUAAAUUCUAGUUGGCUCAUUAGUUUUCAAUAAUUUAUCACUGAAAGGUAGAUUUUAUGUAGUAUAUUGUAUUGGUACUUGUCUUGUAGCUAUCACAACACCAUUUGUGCUGAAAUCAAUCAUAGCCACACUCCAUGUGAAUUUGUAAUUUAAUAAAAAAUUCAAAAUUAUUUUAGUCUGUAAAGAAUAAGACUGAUAAGAAAACCAAAUCAAUGAUAGAAUAGACUCAAAUUAUUAAAUUUUAAUGGAGACAUUAAAUUAAGUAUGGAAUAACAUUUGGUAAUGAUUAAUAUAUUAUCUGUAAUAAAAAAGUAAGUUAAAAUUAAAUAACCUUUCAAUUUAUUAGUAUAAAUCGACGCCCCAGUUCUUGAACUGAAAUUGUCAUAAGAUGGAGUACAUAACUCGGAUUUGUUAUAUUUCGAGUUGUUGCAGUCUUGAACUGGAGCGUUGAUAUUAUAUAUUGUGCAUAACAUACAACAAAUUUCAGUAAGUAGCAUACAAGGCUAGUACCAUAGUAUUAAAAAAAUAUUUAUAAAUUUGUCACAUACAUUUUACCUACACUAUUAAUUAUAUUUAAAUUUAUGUUCCUAUUUGUAAUAUUUAUUUUUCUUGCUUUAUAACAGUAGACUGUGUGUACUAAAUAUUGUUAACAACUUUUAAAUCUCUUAACAUAGGUAAAAUUCCUGUGAAUAUAAUUUUAUUAUUAUAGUAAUUAUAAACACCAAUACAUUAAACAUAUUGAAUUUAAUCAUAUACUUUAAUAUGGGUAUAUUAUACAUUUAUAAAAUAUAUAUUAAUAUAAUGCUACUGCUAUUAUAUAACCUAGGGUCCAAUCUAGAAAUAAUUAUAACUUGACAUACGUUUUAAUAUAUUAAUAUUGUAUUCUUUAGCUUUAUAUAAUAAUAAUAUAUAAAAUAUUGAAUAGGUAAUAUUAUAUUUAUAUUAUUGUUGUAGAUAAUUUUAAAAGACAAUUAUUUUUACACUGUUACCGUUUAAUACAUUCGUUUAACAUUUCUAGUCUUGUUUAGUCAUUAUUCAUAUAAUCAUAUUGAAUUAGUGUUACUUUUAAAAAUAGAAGUGAUUUAUUUAUUAGGUAUAUUAUUAUUGAUGCGUUUGUUAGCUUAGUUAAUAUAUUAUAAAUAUGUGAUAAACUGAUAACUGAUAAUUAAAGAAAAAAGUCUAUCGUACCUAUUUGGUAAAUUUGUUCAAUAAUACCUAUAUUCAAUAAAUAUCAUAACAUACAUGUAUUGUUUGUAUUGUUUAUAUUACUUGA